CAUAUUUUUUUCUUAGGAGCCACUGCAGAGAAGAAACUGCCUUGCAAAAUGGUGUUGUAGGAAUUUCCAACUAAAAAGGAAUUUCCAUGUUUUUCAACUAACACGAUUCUGGAUUAUUUUGUUUGGUUCUCUUCGCAUAUUCCCUUGAAAACCGAAACAGCUUUAGUUGCGCCCGCCCCAGAAGUCUGUUUUGAUGGUCUGUUCCUCAACUUUAUUUUGCAUUGCUUUACAGGCGGGAUCUCCUCGAGCGCCGCGGAGUCCCAAAGCGCAAAGAAUGGAGGACUCUGGUUCUCCUUUGGACUUUGGAAGGGCCCCAGUAUCUCCGUCCACUGUUGAGCCCGGUCUGAAUUCGGAACCUCCUCCGCUUAGUGGAGUGGAUGGCAACAUUAAACAAGCCUUUGGCGACCGCGCAACCAGUAGGAACCUAAGAGAUGAUCUGCUAUUGGCUGCUGAUAAUGUCACUAGUGCCAUGUCUUCGCUUGUCAGAGAGCUUAACUCGGAAGAUGAAGAUGAAAUCCCCACUUUUCCAAACGGCAACACUGAUGAUACAGACUUAGAGGCUCUUGAACAACAAGUGAACCAGAUAAGAGAGUCGCUGGAGUCCCAUGAGGAGAGAGCCAACUCCAAUCUGACUAAUGGCGACAUCAUCAUGACAGAACCGUCGGAAAAGGUAAUUCUUCACGGAGCUAGUAGAAGUGGGAAGAGCCCGAAGGGUCGCCGAGCAGGGUCCGACUUGGAUACGGACACGGACGAAGACGACUCGAACGCUCGCCGAGGAGAUUACAAGAACUCGUCGCGUGCUCAGACGACGGAUGACGAGAGUUACAUUCAAACCGACGACGACACUGUACGAACAGACGACGAAGAUAUGGAGUGGCAGGAGUCGAUCAAGCGAUGGGUCAAUCGUUAGAUGGUCGCGAAAAAUCGAUAGACAGUCGUAUAUUUUAGAUUAUCGUGAACUUAUUUUUGUACUUCUCAUAUAUACUAUGCCCGCAGAAUUGUCAAUGUAGGCAUUUGUGAAAGGCUGGUCCGUUAGUUCCUUAACAUAGUGCAGUCUUAGACGACUCGCACCGAUGCAAAAGGAUGGCAUUAUGUCGUCAAAAGAGUCGUUUAUAUAUUUUAUAUUUGGAAGACACGGGCUUUGCCUCAGGAACAAGCCUUACCUAGGCUCGCCUGCCGUUUCUGUGGGAGUGAUACACGAGAUUCUCAUGUGAACGGCCGCCGCUUAGGUUAUUCAAGGAGAACUGAGGAAAACAUUUGUAGGCUCCCGUCAGGCGGGGUUUUGGAUGUAAGAUUAUUUUUUUACAAACUCACGCAACUAACAAUGAAAAGCUUCAACCGUUUUCACGCGGUAAAUAGUUUUUCUUUAAUAGUCUUGACAACUUUUUGACAUAUUUUUGUUGGUUUAGCCUUCGCUUGACCAAUCAGAAACAAAGUUAAAAAUAGCUCCAUGUCGCUCAUUCCUAUCUGAGGUUGUUUCUUUUGUAACAGACAAAAAGACGUAAAAGGUUGCCAAAUUUAAUUAAAGAGAACUUGAACUGCUUAACGAAGAGGUGCUAAGCAUUGUUAAGUAUUUUAUUUUUAUUUGUGAAUUACCCUGGUAUAGUAUAGCUUCUGAGACAUCUCGACUCACGUGACCUAAAGCCUUCACCCCACUGCAGGGGGAAGGGGGAUGGGCCGCUUCUUGCGAAAUCACUCAGAAGCAAUUGUUUGUUCUUGUUCGUUGGACCAUGAUGAAUACCGUUCAGGUAACGGAUAAUCGAUUGCUUUGGGCCUUGGUGAUUGUGAUCAAAGUACAGUUGUAACCAAUGUCAUAAGUGAAAAUCUUCCGAAUAAAGUUUAGAUCAGUUUUCUUUAAA